AUGAGUAACGACAAGAUAUCGAGACGGCGCCAAACUGCCUUUCAGGUGUUGGAUUCCUACAAAGCCUGGGAUCUGGACCAGAUACUAGCCUGCAGGACGGAGGAUUGCAUCCAACAAAUUCUGCCGAGAUCUCUGAACCGCCCGCCGAUGGACAACACCACGUAUCGCACCUUCUUCGGCGGCGUGAUGCCGUACUUCAAGAACUUCACGCCCGAGAUCGACGACAUCGUAGAGGACGAGAGGGCCAACAAAGUCGUGAUCUGGUGCCACAGCACAGCGGACACGGCGGUCGGACCAUACAAGAACGAAUACAUGCUCACGCUGCACUUCAACGAGGAAGGCGACAAGGUCACGAAGUUGUACGAGUUUGUCGACGGGGCGAACAGCGUCGACUUCUGGCCCAAGUUCUGGAAGUUCCUCGAGGGUGAGAAGGCCAAGAGCGCGGCGGAUGCAACCCAGUGA